CCGCACGUCACUCCUGCACGGCGAGUGCUGGAGCACGAGCUGCCGCUCGCUCGGUCAGGGCGCCCCCUCCGCCCGCCUCCCGCUUCCUCCUCCGCUGCCUGCCGCCGCCGCCUCCUCCUCCACCAUUGUAUAAUGCUCCGAGCGCGCAGGCAAAGGACGGCGGAGUCUUAGCUUCGGUCUCGCCUUCUGCCCGCUCCCCGGCGCCACCCUCGGGCCCCCGGAGCGGGGGACUCCGCAUGGAUCAGCAGUAGCUUGAGGAGUGGGCAGAAACCCCUCCUGAUGUGUUAGUUCCCAGGUGGAGCUGCAUGUGAUAUAUGUUGGGGAAAGGAGGAAAACGGAAGUUUGAUGAGCAUGAAGAUGGGCUGGAAGGCAAAAUCGUGUCUCCCUCCGACGGUCCGUCCAAGGUGUCUUACACCUUACAGCGCCAGACUAUCUUCAACAUUUCCCUUAUGAAACUCUACAACCACAGGCCCCUCACCGAGCCCAGCUUGCAAAAGACCGUGCUCAUCAACAACAUGUUGAGGCGGAUCCAGGAGGAGCUGAAGCAGGAAGGCAGCCUGCGGCCCGGCUUCCCCGCCGCCUCCGCGCCCGCCGACCCGCUGGGCGCCGCCUACCGGGAGGCGCCGCCCGCGCUCGGCCAGCCCGCCGCCGCGCCGCCCUGCGAGCUCGCCAGCCCCGCGCCCCUGGAGGCCUGCCUCACCCCGGCCUCGCUGCUCGAGGACGACGACACUUUUUGCACUUCCCCGGCCGCGCCGCCCGCGGCCCCCGCCCGACUCGCACCUCCAGCCCUCCCGCCGGAAAAGGACAGCUUCUCCUCCGCCCUGGACGAGAUCGAGGAGCUCUGUCCCACAUCUACCUCCACGGAGGCCAAAGGGGCCUCGGGCGGGGCCGGCGCCGGCGCUCAGAGACCCGAGGGGCCCCAGGACGGCCGAGCCGACGACCCGAAGCUGAUGGACUCCCUGCCCGGCAACUUCGAGAUCACCACGUCCACGGGCUUCCUGACGGACUUGACCCUGGACGACAUCCUGUUCGCCGACAUCGACACGUCCAUGUACGAUUUUGACCCCUGCACGUCGGCGUCGGGGACGGCCUCAAAAAUGGCCCCGGUGUCAGCCGACGACCUCCUCAAGACGCUGGCCCCCUACAGCAGCCAGCCCGUCGCCCCGAGCCAGCCUUUCAAGAUGGACCUCACGGAGCUGGACCACAUCAUGGAGGUGCUGGUCGGGUCCUGAGCCCCAGGGCCCCGCCGCGGCGCCCGCGCACCCCGACAGCUCUCCGCACUGUGCAUGCACCCUGGCUUGCCUUUUUCUGAGAAAAAGAACAUUCUACACAAGGAUCACACUAGUUUUUGCUUUGAGCAGAGUUGGAGUGCCUUCAUCCCAGUAUGACCACUUUUAAUAUGCUUUUUUGAGUGGUUCCUCAGAGACCUACUACCCGGGAAUAGGAAAGAAUACAUUUGAAGACAGUUUCGCCAUGCUGAAUGACAAAAUAAACAGUUCAAGUGAAGCACAAGGAAUAAGUUGGAAACGCUGUAAAUUGCAUGUGCAUAUUUGUCUAUUUUUUCUAUAAGUUUUAUUGCAAGAGGUAAAAGAAGAAAAUAUAUAUAUAUAUUAUUUAGAUAAUCUCAGUACCUUCUCCGGCAUUUUCGCCCUGUAUAGGUUGACUUGGCAAUUCAGCCUUUUUAGAGGCAUUAACUACUCCUCGUAAGUGUUGCAUUUACAUGGCUGUUUAGAAACUGCUGCCCAAAAUUUAUUUUAUAUUUUUGUACAGAUUCCGCAGUUUAUGAUAUUGUUUUUCUAAAAACAAAUGCUGUUUAUACAUAUGAGAUAGCUAUUUUGAUAGGAUUUGCUCACAUAGUUCCUGCAAACUUCAGAUGUACAAGUUGCACUUGUACUUUUAUAGAGUUGUAAUGUUUUAUAUGUGUUUGGUGCAAAGAGAAAAUUGGAUCAAAUCAAUCCGCAGUUGAUGUCCCCAAAUGCAAACACACAUAUACACACAGCGCUUUAAGAAGGGCCAGGCGAUGUCACACCCAAAUUUCACAAGCACCGACCCCCUGGCAUGAACACCCGCCAGCACUGUGACUUCCAAAGCCAGAGCCACGUCUGCUCAUCAAACUCGCAUUAAGCAGUUGGCGGGAGGUGGCCAUGUAGCUCGGGGUUUAUGUGAUGGUUCUCUUUAUCUCUCUCUCUCUCUCUCUGGGAAGGCUACCGCGUACUCACUGUAUUUAUGCCAAGUCUGUGCUUUUAAUUGUUGUUAUUGUUUUUAAACAGAACCCCAGAUCUUUCCUUUUGGGCAUAAUUUUUAUGAUGAUCUGAAAUUUUACAGUCGAACAAAAUUUUUUGGGAAGUAACCAACCUCUUCAUGGAACUAAACCCUAUUGCAAUGCUUAGGGCUUGUACAGAAGAAAAUCUCCACCCCUCCACCCGCUACUUCUUCAUCCCACCCCAACCCCUGCUUGAAGGCAUCCAUCAUGUUGCUCAAAUAUCUUUUCCAGCUUCCCUUCCCCAGAGCUUUCGUUCCCUUGGUUGCUAAGUGCUGCACAUAGCAUCUUCAUGAUCACCACCGUGAGCCUGGCUCACCUCCGCCCAGCCUGGGAUGCACUCUUGUAACACCCAUGACUCUUGAACCUGGAGUUGGUCCCAUUACGUCAUGGCUUCCAGUCUGGUUGCUUUCUGAAAUCAACUGCUUUAACUACACUUUACAAGGCUGUUUUACCCAAAUACACAGACAGGACUUGCUAUGCAUGUUCCCCUCCUUCCCCCUCGCCAUCUCCCCCUAUCUACCCAACCCCCUGCCAGGACACUUGAGAACUAGCUUUUUAUUCUUAGUGGUGUAUAUUUAAUUUUAAAACGUUUGCAAUGUAUCAUGCUUGUUGCUGAAAUUGUUCAUGGCCUUUCCGUUUCAGUUUUUUCUUUCUUCCAAUGGUACUUUAGCUGGUUACAACCUAUAUUGUUGAAAUGCAGAUGGCUUCUUUAGGAAUAACUUUUAUAUUUAUUUAAGAAUUUUUAAAUUAUGGGAUUUGUGUUGUUGUUGUUGUCUUUGUUGUUGGUCAUUUGUCAAUAUUCAGUCACCAAUUCUGCUCACUUCUUGCCAUGGAUAAAAUUGAGUCUUUCUGGCCAAUUAAAAAAGACAGCUUUAUAAAAUGGCACUUUAAACAAGCCAUAGAUAGUUUUUAUAAUGCACAUGGCGAAAAGCAAAUACAUUUGUGAUGAAGGAACUGCUCAUCUAAGCAAAAGAUUCGUGUAUGGUAUGAUUAAGUCUUUCUUCAUUCUGAUUCACUUUUUCCCCCCACUUGAAUGUGUUUUUCAAGGCUAAUUAUCAACUCAGUAGCGCAGUGAGAAACCGAUCAAAUUGCACCUUCUCCUGCAAGCACCCUCCACCGGACGCCUCUCACUACUGCAGAUGUGUCAUUUCCUUUGAUAGGACCAGGGACCAUAUAGAUAAGGUGAGGGUGGUCAUAGAUGCUUCCAAUGUCACUGUGCCUGUCUAUUUGAAGGGCUUCCUUUUCCCGUAGAGAACAAGUCCGCCCAGACCCCACACUCUGGAGAACUGGAGGACCCAGCAAACUCUCCACAUGCCGCCCACAGACAUGUACAUGGAUGUGCACAAUAGUGUUGAUUAUUCCGGACAAUAACAGGGUAAGGCGGCUGAUUUGCCAUUGUUAAAAACUGACUGAUAGUAACUUAGAACAACUGUACUUCGGUUGGAUUAGCAAAUCGUGUGUUUUAACAAAUCCCAUAUGUUGGGCAGCAGUUCAAAUAAGCACGGCGAAGUGUUGCCUACACGUGGUUCUGCGGCUCUCCCGCAUUUGUAAGGCUGGGCUUCAGGAUCAAAACAAACCCCACCUCCCUUCCCCCAGCAGCAGGCAAAUGCUUUUUAACUCUGGACGCCCUCGCCAUAAAUUCUAGAUCUUCAAGGUUGAAUGAGGAAGAUGUGGGAAAUUAGUGGCCCCUUUUAAAAAGAACAAAACCAUCAAGUGUUCCAGUUAUCUUUGUGUCUUAUUUUUACGAAGUGAUGUCCCAACAGGGAAGAACAUGAGCCUGUGUGUGACCUCCAAGUCCCAGUUUGAGGGCAGGAUGGGCUUCCAGAUGCCACCCGGCAGCAGUGCCUUCUCCUCUCUAAAGGACAUCCCGUGGCAUUCAGAGUCAAGCAGGCAGUUGGAGGUGCCUUUACAAGAAAGACAUGCUGGGUGGGGCUCGGAGAGGACAGUUAUUGACAGUUAUGUGCAAUGAAGUGACAAGAUGAGAGCAGAAUAAUAAGAGCUUUGAAUUUGAAGUGAUUUUUUUUCAUAAGUUAUUUAUUCCUUUUUUUUCUGUGUAAAUAUAUUUAUUUUACUGUGGAGCUCUCACAACAUCUGGAUCGUAACAUGUGCAGAAUGUAUGGUAGGAAUGUAUUCUCUCAAUCUGUAUUACAAGGGGGUCCAAGCCCGACCCCUGGAUCUUUUCAUCAUGUGCACAGUCCACACUCAUUUGUACUCUCUCCUCUAAUAUGGGUCUCUUUGAAAUAUGCAAAAGGUAUGGAUGAGGAAUGUUUUAAUACCUCCAAAUUUUUAAGAAAAUCAAGCAUCAAAGGGUUGAUAUUUUUAAACGUUUUUUUAGUCGCACUUUCUCUUUAUGACAGAGGGGGCAACCACACUGACACCCUCAUUCACACCGGAGGGUAAGAACUCGCCAGAGCCACCUCCACCUGAGUGUCUUUCUCAGUCGUGCUCUUUAUUGCCAUAGCCCCUUGGAGUGUCCCAACUGCCCUGAGGUCAAUCAAGGAAAAUUCUCAGAUAAAUAAUCUCCAAAGAGCCAAAGUGUCAACUUACAGAUCAUUUUUAAAGCAUACAUUUAUUAACCACCCUUGUGGUAAACAAUGAAUUAUGAAUCCACAGGGCAGCCUUCUCAAAUGACAGACAUAAGAAAGAAGAGAGAGACUCUACUUUGUGCCGGGAUUGUUAUCCUUUGUAUGAAUUGUCUUAAUUUCAAAAUCUUGCUGUUCCAAAUUGGACCUUUAUAUGCUUUCUGAAAAUAACUGAAAAGAGUAUAUUUAACCUGUCCUGGCUAUAAAUGGUUAACUUCUUGUAACUGCCAAUGGCGAGUUGCAGCGAGGUGUGUGCCUCCCACUUACGUACAUUUCUUUUCAGGGCUUCUAAGAAUGAGUCUAAAUGGUUCUUGAAAAUUAGCCAGGAUCAAAUGCUAUUGCAGACAAAGCCAAUAAAAAUUUUCGGCGUCUUUUGGGGAUCACAAGUUUGGAAGAGAAGUGCGGUCAUACGAGCAAAACACCAAGAUUUGGAAAAGAUGUACAUAGUGAUAUGUUUGGUGCAUGGUUUUUGAGGAGGGCUUUUGUCAAAAAGGAGGUGUAACCUUUUCCCCCACAGACCUGAGAGCUGUGCCUUUUCUAUGCAAUAUUACAGACGUUACAUCGGAACCCAGGUGGCUGUACUCAAAUGUAGGUUUGGGCUGUAAUCUAAAACAAUUGGACAGAUUAAAUGUACAUGGAAAUGAGCAGUCUUACUUUUGUAGUUUUAUAUUAUACAAUAAACAGUUAAAAGAA